AUGAUGCCGUGCGUAGCUUUGGGUAACGCUAUCAUCGGUCCUCUCAACCGCAUUCGUAGCCUCUCAUCCGCAUUCGUCGCCUCUCAUCCGCAUUCAUCGCCUCUCACCCGCAUUCGUGGGCCUCUCAACCGCAUUCGUCGCCUGUCAUCUGCAUUCGUCGCCUCUCAUCCUCAUUCGUCGCCUCUCAUCCACAUUCGUCGCCUCUCAUCCGCAUUCAUAGGUCCUCUCAACCGCAUUCCUCGGCCUCUCAUCCGCAUUCACUGCCUCUCAACCGUAUUCGUCGCCUCUCAUCCGCAUUCGUGGGCCUCUCAUCCGCAUUCGUGGGCCUCUCAUCCGCAUUCGUGGGCCUCUCAUCCGCAUUCGUCGCCUCUCAACCGCAUUCACGCCCCUCAUCCGCAUUCGUCGCCUCUCAUUCGCAUUCAUCGCCUCUCAUCCGCAUUCCUAGGUCCUCUCAACCGCAUUCGUCGCCUCUCAUCCGCAUUCGUGGCCUCUCAUCCGCGUUCGUGGGCCUCUCAUCCGCGUUCGUGGCCACCGCGUUCGUCGACUCCCGUCCGCCCUCGUCGCCUCCCGUCCGCACUCGUCGCCUCCCGUCCGCCCUCGUCGCCUCCCGUCCGCCCUCGUCGCCUCCCGUCCGCCCUCGUCGCCUCCCGUCCGCCAUCGUCGCCUCCCGUCCGCCCUCGUCGCCUCCCGUCCGCCCUCGUCGCCUCCCGUCCGCCCUCGUCGCCUCCCGUCCGCCCUCGUCGCCUCCCGUCCGCCCUCGUCCCCUCCCGUCCGCCCUCGUCGCCUCCCGUCCGCCCUCGUCCCCUCCCGUCCGCCCUCGUCCCCUCCCGUCCGCCCUCGUCGCCUCCCGUCCGCCCUCGUCCCCUCCCGUCCGCCCUCGUCCCCUGCCGUCCGCCCUCGUCCCCUCCCGUCCGCCCUCGUCCCCUGCCGUCCGCCCUCGUCCCCUGCCGUCCGCCCUCGUCCCCUGCCGUCCGCCCUCGUCCCCUGCCGUCCGCCCUCGUCCCCUGCCGUCCGCCCUCGUCCGUCCGCCCUCGUCCCCUGCCGUCCGCCCUCGUCCCCUGCCGUCCGCCCUCGUCCCCUGCCGUCCGCCCUCGUCCCCUGCCGUCCGCCCUCGUCCCCUGCCGUCCGCCCUCGUCCCCUGCCGUCCGCCCUCGUCCCCUGCCGUCCGCCCUCGUCCCCUGCCGUCCGCCCUCGUCCCCUGCCGUCCGCCCUCGUCCCCUGCCGUCCGCCCUCGUCCCCUGCCGUCCGCCCUCGUCCCCUGCCGUCCGCCCUCGUCCCCUCCCGUCCGCCCUCGUCCCCUGCCGUCCGCCCUCGUCCCCUCCCGUCCGCCCUCGUCCCCUGCCGUCCGCCCUCGUCCCCUCCCGUCCGCCCUCGUCCCCUGCCGUCCGCCCUCGUCCCCUCCCGUCCGCCCUCGUCCCCUGCCGUCCGCCCUCGUCCCCUCCCGUCCGCCCUCGUCCCCUCCCGUCCGCCCUCGUCCCCUGCCGUCCGCCCUCGUCCCCUCCCGUCCGCCCUCGUCCCCUGCCGUCCGCCCUCGUCCCCUCCCGUCCGCCCUCGUCCCCUGCCGUCCGCCCUCGUCCCCUCCCGUCCGCCCUCGUCCCCUGCCGUCCGCCCUCGUCCCCUCCCGUCCGCCCUCGUCCCCUGCCGUCCGCCCUCGUCCCCUCCCGUCCGCCCUCGUCCCCUGCCGUCCGCCCUCGUCCCCUCCCGUCCGCCCUCGUCCCCUCCCGUCCGCCCUCGUCCCCUCCCGUCCGCCCUCGUCCCCUCCCGUCCGCCCUCGUCCCCUCCCGUCCGCCCUCGUCCCCUCCCGUCCGCCCUCGUCCCCUCCCGUCCGCCCUCGUCCCCUCCCGUCCGCCCUCGUCCCCUCCCGUCCGCCCUCGUCCCCUGCCGUCCGCCCUCGUCCCCUCCCGUCCGCCCUCGUCCCCUGCCGUCCGCCCUCGUCCCCUGCCGUCCGCCCUCGUCCCCUGCCGUCCGCCCUCGUCCCCUGCCGUCCGCCCUCGUCCCCUGCCGUCCGCCCUCGUCCCCUGCCGUCCGCCCUCGUCCCCUGCCGUCCGCCCUCGUCCCCUGCCGUCCGCCCUCGUCCCCUGCCGUCCGCCCUCGUCCCCUGCCGUCCGCCCUCGUCCCCUGCCGUCCGCCCUCGUCCCCUGCCGUCCGCCCUCGUCCCCUGCCGUCCGCCCUCGUCCCCUGCCGUCCGCCCUCGUCCCCUGCCGUCCGCCCUCGUCCCCUGCCGUCCGCCCUCGUCCCCUGCCGUCCGCCCUCGUCCCCUGCCGUCCGCCCUCGUCCCCUGCCGUCCGCCCUCGUCCCCUGCCGUCCGCCCUCGUCCCCUGCCGUCCGCCCUCGUCCCCUCCCGUCCGCCCUCGUCCCCUGCCGUCCGCCCUCGUCCCCUCCCGUCCGCCCUCGUCCCCUGCCGUCCGCCCUCGUCCCCUCCCGUCCGCCCUCGUCCCCUGCCGUCCGCCCUCGUCCCCUCCCGUCCGCCCUCGUCCCCUGCCGUCCGCCCUCGUCCCCUGCCGUCCGCCCUCGUCCCCUCCCGUCCGCCCUCGUCCCCUGCCGUCCGCCCUCGUCCCCUCCCGUCCGCCCUCGUCCCCUGCCGUCCGCCCUCGUCCCCUGCCGUCCGCCCUCGUCCCCUCCCGUCCGCCCUCGUCCCCUCCCGUCCGCCCUCGUCCCCUGCCGUCCGCCCUCGUCCCCUCCCGUCCGCCCUCGUCCCCUCCCGUCCGCCCUCGUCCCCUCCCGUCCGCCCUCGUCCCCUGCCGUCCGCCCUCGUCCCCUCCCGUCCGCCCUCGUCCCCUCCCGUCCGCCCUCGUCCCCUCCCGUCCGCCCUCGUCCCCUCCCGUCCGCCCUCGUCCCCUCCCGUCCGCCCUCGUCCCCUCCCGUCCGCCCUCGUCCCCUCCCGUCCGCCCUCGUCCCCUCCCGUCCGCCCUCCCGCACUCGUCUCUUCCCUCCGCCCUCAUCUCCACCCAUCUCAUCUCUCUCUGCCCCGCGCCCCCCCCUCCUCCCCUCCCCCCCCCCCCCCCCACCUCCCCCCCCGCUCCCAUUCCUAUACACGUAGUUGCAACCCUUGUCGGGGAUGGAGCCCUUAUCGUCGCAAACCGGCCAAAGUCAAGAGUCCUUGCGUCCUAG